UGUGCGGGCCGGCCAAGUUGAGAGUCCUAUGUAGUUCAACAAUAAUCAGAAGGAAGAGAGGAGACACAAACGACCCUCAACCAACUAAACCACCCCCGACACUAUCAGCAUGACCACCACAACCAACCAACCAACAUCGUCAUCAUCACCAUCAUCUCAGACACGAACGAGCACACAGCCCCUCCACCAUCAGUCCAACAUCCCAUCCACUUCAGAUGAGAAUGUGUUCUUAUUUCUACCCAAUUUGAUAGGGUAUACACGGAUAAUCUUAGCAGCAGUUUCGUUACACUUCAUGUCAUAUCACCCGAUCUAUUGCACGAUCGCCUACAUCAUCUCCCAACUACUCGAUGCGGUUGAUGGGCAAGUGGCGCGGAUGUUGGGACAGACGAGUAAGUUUGGAGCGGUUCUGGAUAUGGUCACCGAUCGAUGUACGACUAGCUGUCUGUUGUGUUUUCUGAGCUCGGUUUAUCCUCAAUGGGCGAUCAUGUUUCAAUCGUUGAUUGCAUUGGACUUUGCUAGUCAUUAUAUUCACAUGUAUAGCUCAAUGGUCGCUGGAUCUAAAUCUCAUAAGACCGUCUCCAAGAAACAAAGUAGAAUCUUACAUUCUUACUAUACAAAUUCAAAUACAUUGUUUUUAUUUUGUGCAGGAAACGAGCUCUUCUUUGUGUGUUUAUAUCUAGCGCAUUGGUACGCCGAACCGCUACUGAAAGGACACGAAUACCGCUCAUUAUCAAGAUCGAUGACGAGGACGGAUCGGAUGAUCAAUUCGAUCACCUUGCCCCAAUUGAUCGCCGUCUUGACCUUCCCGAUCUGUGCGGGAAAACAGAUCAUCAACGUCGUCCAGUUCUGGAAGGCUAGCAAGAGCAUCGUCGAGUCCGAUCUCGAGGAUCGUUGGAAGGCUCGCCAAAAGAAAUCUUAGAACUCGGUCCUACAACUACCUUACUUCAAAAAUCCUUACCCACUUAGCAUCUUCUUUUUAUUCUCAUAUUCUUCGUUUUCCCUUCAUCGAUUUCCUUUCGAGUCUUAAUCCUUUUUUCCCUCUUCUUCUUUUUUGAUCUGUCCUAUGUAAUGAAAAGAAGUACCCUCUUUUUCUCUCCCUCUCCCAUCCUCUCUCUCUCUCUCACACACUAUCUUCUCUUAUCUUAUCUUCCACCUCACUCUUCUCCCAUACAAUUUGCUUCCUUGACACUAAAUGAAAUCUUUUGAUCUUCAAAUCACAUGUUUUAACUCCCUUAUCUUUCCAAUCUAUAUGAAUACAUACAAGAUGAACAUAUAUUUCAAGCUGAUUUCCUUUCUUUUUUUCUCUUUUUAUUUUUUUUGGUUGUUUUGUGUUUCUGAUCUGAAUAUUGAUUAUCACCAUUUUACUUCCUUUUUUGAAUCGGUUCGGUAUACAUUAAACAGAUAGAAAGAUGCAUACAUAUACAAAUG